AUGGCAGAGCAAGCAGCCGGCAACGAACAGAUACGGGCGGGAAAGCGAAUCCACUCUUGCUGCGUGGUUGUCGAAGCGCAGCUCGGCAAACCAGGUAAUGAUAGUGUCCGAUUUCAUUUGUUACAGCGGAGACGGUUCAACUUCAACUUUCAACCCCCUGCUCCACGAGACCGCUUUAAAGUGGAGGCGUCUGGCGGAGGCCGCAACCAUCGCAACUUCAACGUAGGAGGCUAUGUGCACGGCGAGUACUACCUGUAUCGUAGCAGGGGCGGCACACGAGUGGUGGCCUCUGGUGGAGUUGCACACGGCGCGACACGCAUCGACGGCAAGACGUACAAAGGCAGGCCCCAAGGCUCUGUGGGCAUCGGCGUUGAGAUUCCCAUUGGAAAAGGCCGAUGAGCUGAACCACAUCUGUGUUCGCUAAGCGAUGCCCUGUUUGGCGAGGAGGACCAAUAACAACGGACUCAUUUGCGAGACUACACAGCCUUC